CUGUCAACAAGUAUCUAUAAGAAGAGCCAGAAAAACUAACGGGCAACUCUUUUCCUCGAUAACUGAACGAUGGCCAACAGUAGUGGGAAUACACUGGACAAUCGCACAGAUGAGAACAUAGCCUGCGCGACAGAAAACGACAACACUCAGUCGAAAACCUCAGGCAUCCCUUUAUCCAGGAAACUGUGCUAUGCCAUUGGAGGAAUGCCAUAUCAAAUGACUGGAAGCGCCAGGGGCUUUUUCACGCAGAUCUUUCUGUUGGAUGUUGUUAAGAUGGGAGCUUUCUCUGCAUCCAUCAUUCUCUUCCUUGGUCGAGCUUGGGAUGCUAUUACGGAUCCUCUGAUUGGAUAUGCCGUGAGCAAGAGUGGCCGGACCAGAAUUGGCAAAUUUAUUCCUUGGAUUGUGUUCACAAUGCCACUUGGGGUCCUAUCAUACGUUAUGCUCUGGUAUACCCCACAGGACACCAUGUCCCCUGGCUUCAGUUUCGGCUGGUACUUCAUAUGGUCCUGUCUGUUUGACACCUUCAUGAGUUGCUACCAUGUACCAUAUACUUCCCUAAACAUGUUUCUGGGGGGGAAUGAGAAGGAUCGAGACUCAGCCACUGGUUACAGAAUGGGCAUGGAAGUGUUUGCUACACUGGCGGGAGCUGCCAUCCAGGGUCAGAUAGUGGGGGUGCACCAUGCCAAGAGGACACACGUCUGCAGUUUACAGAACGACACGGAAGGGCCUUCUGGGAACCAGACUGAAUCGCUGGAUGACAAAUCUGACACUCUACAAAAUACAAGAACAGCCCAUUUGACUGGUGCACUAGUUAUAGGAAUGCUGUACUUCCUGUGCUGCCUCGUGGUUUUUCUUGGAGUGAAGGAGCAGUUGGCCCCUCUGAGUAAACUGGACCGCUUAAAUGUCUCAUAUCUAACUGGAAUGAAGAUGGUGGUGGGACACACUCCAUAUGUGCGGCUUGUAUUUGGCGUCCUCUUUGCUUCAUUAGCCUUCCAGAUGGCUCAGGGAAAUUUUGCCCUCUUCUGCACUCACGCAGCGAAUAUGGGAGCAUAUUUCCAGCAUUUUGUUCUCAUACUAUUGACAGUAUCCACAAUAUCCAUCCCAGUGUGGCAGACAGUAUUAGUUACAAUAGGCAAGAAGACCACCAUAUUCAUCGGCUUAUCAUUUUUUAUCCCAGCCCUAAUUGUGAUAUCCCUAGUGAAAAGUAGUUUACCCGCCUUCAUUAUUAUGUCCAUGUUAGCUGGCACGAGUCUGGCAGCCUUCUUUCUACUCCCUUGGUCAAUGUUGCCAGAUGUAGUGGAUGACUUCAAAGUCAAGAACCCAUCAUGCCAGGAUCUAGAACCAUUGUUCUACUCCUGCUAUGUUUUCUUCAACAAAUUCGGGGGAGGCAUGUCUGUUGGAGUCUCUACUUUGGUUUUAUACUUUGUAGGAUACAAGCCUGGUGCUUGUAAACACAAUCCAGAGGUCAUAUUUUCACUGUGGCUGCUCUUUGCACCUGUGCCAAUCUGCCUGCUGCUCAUCAGCUUGAUGAUUUUUUGCUUUUAUCCCAUCAAUGAAGGGCGACGGGGGGAAAUCCAGGAUGCAUUAAGGAAAGCAGGGACAGAGACCAGCAGGAAAGGAGAAGAAGAACUGCACCUAUGAAGUAAUCAUUAACUAUGUAAUAUGAGGAUUUCACUACUUUUGUAACAUUCACAAGUUCUGGAACUGUUAAUAAUGAACAUACUUUGUUUUUAUCGUGCAUGGUGACAGUUUCUCAAUAAUUCUUUGGAGGGAUCCCAAAGCCAUUUAGAAAUUUCACUGUGAUCUUAGACACCUGAGGUGAAUGAAGGAGAUAUUCAAAACACGCAGUUCUGUGGGGCCUCAAAACCAGAAUUGUGAAACAUUAGUGGUCUUAAAGUUGCAGUGUGCCAUUUCUGAACCAUAUCCAGACGAUUGUGUUGCUGUGUAUAAAGUUAAAGGAAAUCAACCAACGAAUGUCUUACUGAUAAUUGUCUCUGCAUCAGCACAUUUUCUCAGAAGCGGUAAUAAUGAUAAUGAUGUAAAAGUGUAUAAAUAAACAGCCAUGUGUAAA